AUUCUGCCACUCGCCCCGCCAACGGAAACUUGUCUCUCCCCCUCAGCCGUUGCGCACGUCGGCUGCACCAACAAACACCUACUGCCCUCGGCGUUUAGACGUCACCCUCGAGGUCGAGCUGAAAGAGAGAGGAAGAGGAGGGUACAGGCCAAAGGUAUCUGUCUGUCUGGCUGUCACAACUCACAAGAAGCAGGGGCUGGUGGGACUUUCAUCUCGAGCCUGUCAGCGCUCGCGUCUCAUUAGAGCUCGAGACGUCAUCUCGGUACCUGAUUCAAUUAUUCCGACGACGCGCGUCGUUUUCCUCCGCCUUUCCCCUCUGACGCCAUGGACUCUUCGAGUGGUUUUUGGUGAAUAUAUUCAAAACAAAACAGUAAAUAUAAUGAACAGCGUUCCUGGCGUCGCGAACAACUCGCUCGGUGAAGGACGCGGGAAACUUUGCGUACGAUUCCGCCAGAUGGAUUGCUUUGCCUCGCGUCUCUGAGGUGGCCGCGCGACGAGUAGAAGUGAUUCGCGGGGUGCGUCCGAUUAUGAAGUUCAAAUUGCACAAAUACCGUCAGUUGUGGUCGCAGGACGGAGAGGUAAACACAGCAGCCCAAUAAUAGGAUAGAUCGUGCCUUCAAAAGUCUUCCUCUGAGCUCUGAAAACUGGUACUUGAUCGCGGUGUUGCCAACCAUCUAAGAGCUCCUUACCCUACAUAGGCACUGAAAUUACCCUACUUUCACUGUUAUUGUACUCAACGCCCGGCCUUAAGAUAUACUAAAUAUUAAUAAAUUUGUUGUUCAUUGGUUACUUUUUAUUAGAUACAAGACAACCAUCUUGAAAGUGUACUACGUUUUGCUCAGAUUUCGUGACAUUCCCGUUACCCUACGGACCCAGAUUUGAGGCUGAAUUACCCAACGCAUAGGGUAAUUACCCCACGGUUGGCAACGCUGCUGAUUGAAUUGUAGUGCUGCCGCCACCUGUAACCACCAGGUUUGACGAAAAAGAAGACAAGAGAGACGUUAUAAGCGAACUGCGGGACGUCCACCGUACAAGACUUCUUUUUCAUUCCACGGCUCAGGAAGGUGGAUCGAAAAUGCAGCGUUGUUGUGGAUGUUGCGUCAGUCUACAGAAAGGCGUCGUCGCCAUUGGAGUUCUCAGCAUGAUCUGCAGUAGCCUGCUGACGGUAGGCUACGGGUCAGCAGCUGGGACUUUAGAGGAACACGUGACUGCCUGCAGGGGAGGGAUUGCUAAGGAUCUCAUGGGGAUACUGCCUUCUUGCGAAGAACUGUCAGACGCCUCCACGCUCCUCGCAGCAAGAAUCUUCGUGUAUGUACAAGUGUCUGUGUGGCUCCUCUUCUUCGUCUUCUCGGUCCUCUUAAUUGUUGGAGCUGUCAAGGAGAGAAGCGGGCUGCUGGUGCCCUGGCUAGUGCUCUCUGUCGUGGUGAUUGGCGCCAUCGUCUGGGCUGGCGUCAGGGCUUCUCUCACCCGCCGGACGUACGACCUCCUGGCAUGCGUCCUCGCCACGAUAGUCUGCACCUACUGCUGCUGCGUGGUGCGCGCCUAUUCCAGACACAUCAAGCGCCAGGCUCUCAUUCCAGUGGUGGUUCCCACGUACCCGCACACGAGGCUGUGCUGCGAGAAUCCGUACGCCCACGCGGGCGGGAUCAGGGAGCUGCCACCCGCUUACAGUCUCCACCCUCCCAACAACUGCCCGACGAAGAAGAAGCCUUUGCCCACAGGACUUGGGGUCAAAAUAUGAUGACGUCCGAAUUCCUACAACAGUAACGGCGUUAUGCCGUUGCUUAAAACCAAGGCAUUACUCUUUAUAUUGCCUUCGACAUGCUGAUUUCAUUACUAAAUUCUUCGCUUUGCUAUGUUGGGUCUAGCAUUUAAAAAAAAAAAGUAUAAACACAUACACACGUAUGCACACAUACACACCCUGCUCUUGAAGGUGCUGACAUUAACAACCUUUAUACAUACAUAAACUAGCUUCAUUAUUAUGGUGGCUGCCUAGUGGGAUAUCACUUUAUGUACUGCUACAUAUAUAUAUUACUUUUGAUAAAACUUUUGUAUACUUCCGUUCCUCGAUUUUAUUUUGAACUAAGUGCAUGUGGUGAUUCAAUAAAACGAGAAGUUUUCUACUUAACUGUAUUUUUAAGGUCAUUUGUAUAUGUUAGGAUCUUAAGUAUGUACAAAGUCAAUGACCAGUCCAUUGUUGUUUAUCUUACAAACUUUGAAAUAAAUAUAUCACAAAAAUAA